CUAAUAGAAGUGAGUACUUCUUAUACAUAGACAGGCGUUGCCUAUCUAAACGCACUCCGGUCAAGGAAACGUCGCUGACUUCCUGGCCUUCUUGCUACUAUGGCCUCGCUGAUGAACUCUAACCGUCUUGGCAAUCGCGCUGCACCAUGCCGGACCCGGCGAAAUGUCCGGCUUGUUGUUCACGCGACACAAAGCGGAAACUACCAGUCCGGGUCGCAAGCGCUGUCGCAGUCGCAACCCACGACAGGGCGUGCAAAGGUUCUGCAGCUGCUCGGGGAGGGACUGGGGCUGUACAACGGCGCUGAGCAGUUUGAGCCGGCCGUGAAGCAGCUCAUCCUGGAGAAUCCUACCGUGGCGCCAGGCAGCUUUGCUGUACAGCUGGGCCAGGGAACGUGGCAGGUGUUCCACGCGCCGCACAUCAGCAAGAUGAGCUCGGCCCUGUCCACUCGCUUCUCGCCGAUCCAGUACCGCCUGACCGGCACCGCGCUCGUGUCCAACGUCAAGUACAGCUCCCCGCUGCUGGGCGACGGCUGGCUAUCUGCGGGAGGCACCAUGGCUCGCAAGUACGAUGACGCUGUGGAGGUGACCUUUGACCGGUUCUGGGUUGACCUGGGCGCGGAUAGCCUGCGCGCGGACCUCCCGGCCGACUCGGCGAAGCAGCUCUUCACGCCCGACGGCGUCGUCGGCGCACUUGGCCGCGCCGCCUUCUUUCCCCAGCUGGCCGUGUUCCCGGUGCUGUACCUGGACUCGGACCUGGCAGUGUUCAAGUUCACGCCGCUGGACUCAGCCAUUGCGUGCCACCGCGUGGCGUAGUGAGUGACGGGCUCCUGCGGCUGGGGGUUGGCAGCAAGAUUCCUCCCUAGAAGGGGUGGAGGCGCUGGCUGCAUUUAGAGUGACUUUGCGUGGGGCGGGGCGCGAUUACGGUAGUCAAACUAUAAGACGAAGGGGCGCCAAGUCUGAGGCGCGCAGUGAGCAAAGCAAACAGCACAUUCAAGCUGAUUUGCAGGGGUGGUUUUCAAGUAUUAUGUGCGUGGCGAUUCAUUCAUAUUGCUCUAGCGUCAGUCAUUACCGUAGUGAACUGCCGACACGUACUUCUUGGUAGUGCUCUAGCGUAACCAAUGCAAUCACUAGUGACUAUUACAUUUGCGAAGCGUCUACCUGUGCGGUGUGCGUGUAGUCCUGGACGCAGCACCAGGCGUAAUAGCCCACUUGCAUAGUGGUCCAGACACCGUCAACAUGAUACCGUCAUGCUUGUAACUAGUUCCGCCGAGCUUAAUGAGGAGCAUAAGUGCGUCCAUUCACACUCGCCGACGGCACACUGUAUAAUGAGAUGCCUCAACUCCGCUCAGCCGUCAUCCGCCUGCACAUUGCCCGCAGCAUCAUUGGCCAGUCCCCCUCCCCAUAUGCCACACACGCACAUGCGCUGUCAUCUCCAUCGGUGCUGCACCUACUGAACAUUAUGGACCCACAAACUCGAAACCGGAAACAGUCCGCACGACCGCACUCCAGUGUCAGCCCAUUAGGCAACUCAUCCUUGAGCUCCUGCGGGCUCCCUUCCACCGCAGUGUCGAGUCGACCAAAGCUCAUGCCAGCCAAAAUCAGAGAGUUCAUGUGCAUGUAUGCGCCAGGCGUAAAUGGGUGCGAAGGCUGUAUGAGCGCGCCGCGGGCGUGUCAAACGGCCCCUGGACGCAGGCACCCAGACGCGUACGAUCGCGAGUGUGGCGUUGCAGUGUGUCUGUGUGGUGCUAUCGCCUGGCCGGGCGCCCGGAGCGUGAGGAAUGCGCAUCAGCAAACUUCCAGCCAGCCAGCAACUUGUCGGUACAGUAACUCCGGCGUUCGACCAGCCAUGCACUUCUGCUCUGCCGCUGCAAACUGUUUGCCGUCUGCUUGGGGUAUGGGCGUCAGCUGCACCCUACGGGACGUCGCCAACCUGCCUAAACCCUGUCCCAUCACACACCCAGACGCGUACGGCCGGGACGGAACCCCUUUUUCGCCACGCAUACGCAUGGUGGUUAGCCCGGGCAAGCCAGCUGGGUCGAUCCGCCCCCCCCCCCCGCAAUUCUGAAACUGGCCCCCGCCUUCAUUAGGCUCCGAGCUACGCUCACCCACAUUGGCAAUUCGCCUCACAUGUGAGCCUUUCUGGUGAAGCGACGCUUUCCCUGCCCAGCACAAAUUUGCAUGGUGCUUUGCUUCAGAUAUGACGGACGUUUGCAAUCGGUGCAGGCACGUUCAGCGAGAUUUCGCCGGUUCAGGCUCGUCUUCGUCCUUGCGCUUGGGCAAAGGCACAAGGAAAACGGCUACCAGAUUCCACACGACUAUAAAGGCAAUGCCCAACAGGACUAAACGUCGGUCAGAUCUAAGGUGUUGCAAGAAGUCAAGCAUGUUCAGUAAGCAGCGACUCGCUGACGGCAAGCUAAUUGGUAUCGGUCACAUGGUCUUAGUAAGGUGCAGACGUGUCCAAAUUCAGACCUGAAACUUGACCACAAUCGGAGUGCAUGGCGCUCGUGUGGGUCGCAGUUUCCCGCAUCGAAAGCCGCUGUGUCCCCCGACCUUUGCCCACUGGCCAUUCCUUCCCCGUUGCCCAUGUAAGUGGGGAUUCUA